AUGGAUGGUGGCAUUGGAUCAGAAAGCAGGCCCAAAGCUGAGGUGAAGGAUGCGGAUACUAUUUUCGAUAAAAUCAUUAAAAAACAAAUUCCAGCCGAUGUGAUUUAUGAAGAUGAAAAAUGCAUCGCUUUCAACGAUAUAUCACCACAGGCGCCGGUUCAUUUUCUUGUGAUUCCUAAACAUAAGAUUGCAAAACUAGAAAACAGCGUACCGUCUGAUGUAGAGAUUCUAGGACAUUUGUUGCAUGUAGCAGGACAGCUUGGAAAAUCGAAAGCCCCCAAAGGAUUUCGUUUGGUUAUUAACAAUGGAGAUCACGGAUGCCAAACAGUGUACCAUAUCCAUCUGCAUGAGAAAAUGUGUGAUCUAUCAAAAGAUAUGGUUAAUGUUGUUUCGACUGACGCUGGCGCUUCAGCCAGCGGAACCAAGUUAGACAGUGUGGAAAAUCCGCUAAGUUCUGUUAUUGGUGAUCCUUUUGGUUCAACCGAUGUCCGGAAUAAAAUACGAAGCCGAUCAACAAUUGAUCAGCGUCAUCGACGAUUACACCAGCAGCAACGAUCAUCGCCGUACAUAAAAUGCCGUCCUUCGGCACUGCUUACAUCACGAUUUCUAGAAGCCGUUUCACAUAACAACACUGAAAAAGUGAGGGAAAUGAUUCAACAAGGAAUGUCGCCAAACACGUACGAGAGUUAUUUCAACCGUUCGGCUUUGCACAUUGCUUGCAGCCGAGGAUUUCGAGAUAUUGUUCAGUUGUUGCUCGAGAAUGGUGCCAAACCCAACAUACGAGACAAAAAUUUGAACACACCGCUCCAUUUGGCAGCAAGCACAGAAUGCGUUGACGUGGUACAGAUGCUGCUGGAUUAUGGCACCAAUGUGCUGUUACGGGAUUCUAAUGGGCUUUUAGCGUUAGACUUUUCCAUCGGUAAAUUGCGACUUUCGGAACGGAUCAUAUCAAAGAUGGCCAAACUAUCGCAGAGCGAUAUACACAAACACCGCCAGAAAACGGCUGAUGUAUGUGACCGAAUCUUUGCGGCGUUUAAAAUUCAGAUGAUGGGAUGCAGCGGCGAUCAGGAGGAACAACUGGAGGCAGCUUUGAACGAUUUCUCCGAACAACUCGAGAGGGUGCGUAAAAAGGAAAUCAACUUAGACGCGAUUGUAGACCAAAUCAACAAUCUAAAAGUGAAAAACGAAAUCGACAGUGACGUGAAUUCGUUACUUUCCACACUACAAACGUUUUCACUUUAA